AUGGUCAGCGCGAAUAAGCUCCUCGUCGGCGGCUUCGCCGCCUCGUGCUCGGCAAUUGAUCCCGCCGCCGUCUACGACGGUGGACUUGGCAAUGCCAACUCCAAGGUCGAGCUGCGCAUCGGAAACGGGGGCGCCGGGCAAAGCGGCCUCAUCAAGUCCUUAUCAGAUGCCUUCAUCCGAGACGCCGUCGCAAGCGGCUCCUCCCCUUUCAAAGUCGCCUGGUACACCAGCGACACGACCCAGUCCAUCAAGUAUCUCUCAACGGGCGACAUCGACGUCGGCAUCACCUACACGCCCUCGGCCGAGGCCAUCGCCAUCAGCCAAGGCAUCGCCCUGGCCCCCAGCUACUACGUCUUCCGCGAUCACUUCCUCCUCGUCGGCCCCAAGUCCAACCCUGCCGGGCUGCUCAAGACGGACGACAUCUACACCAUGUUUUCAAAGAUCCUCAACGUCGCCCAGAACAAUCGGACUGAACCCCCGGUGCGCUUCUUAAGCAGAUACGACAAGUCCGCCACCAACAUCAAGGAGAGCCUGCUGUGGGCUAGCAUCGGACAGGUUCCAUGGGCAACGGCCUACUCAGUCUGGUACCACCAAUACAUCGCCUUCCCCAUACAGGCCCUCACCGCCGCCAUCCUCCUCCAGGAAUACACAAUCACCGACCGCGGGACCGCGCUGUCCCUGGACGCCUCGCUCCGCGGCCAGACGGUCACUUACAAGGCCGGCACCGACAGCCCGGACGACCCCCUUCUGAAUCCCGCACACCUGCUGAUUGGGAGCAAGGCCUCGAACCCAGCCAUGGCCCGCGCGUUUGCGACGUGGCUGGUCAGCAGCAAGGGUCAGCAGGUCGUCAGAGACUUCAAAAAGGACGGCCAGGAGCUGUACAGCGUGGCGCCCCCGUCCAGUUCCGCUGCCUAG